AUGGGAUCAAUGGUGGACUACACAUCACUGCUCAAUCUGCAUGGAAGCGACCCUGACGGGGCUCACCUGGAGUCCCACUUGGAUGAGGACCAUGGCCAUCCUGCUCACCCAGACCAGAUUCAGCUCCAUCACAGUGCCAACUCGAUCCUUGAGGAGGCCAGUCAGCUUGUGCAAGAGCACAACCGCAACAGGAUGCAUCUGCUCCAGCAUGACAUGGUGCAGGACCCCACGCUGCACCCAGAGUAUGUGUCUCAAGUGCCCAUCCAAAAGACGUGCAGCAAGUGCAAGGAGACCAAAAGCGCCUCGGAGUUUUUCAAAGACAAGAGCAAGCCAGAUGGCAUGUACUCUCAGUGCAAGCUGUGUGCAACUGCUGAGGAGCGCCGGCGAAGGGAGUCCAGGCCGCAGGUGGAGCCAGAAUUGAUGAAGACCGCCAAGAAGUGCACGCGGUGUGGCAUAGACAAGCCUGCCAGCGCCUUCUGCCGCAACAAGCGCUCCUUCGACGGCCUCUACUCGCAGUGCCGCAGCUGCGUCUCUGACAAGGACAAGGACCGGCGGCAGAAGAUGCUGAUCGCGAAGCCGGAGCCGGUGCCUAGCAAGAUGUGCAGCCGCUGCAACACCCAGAAGACCUGCGAGGACUUCUACCGCGACGCCUCCAAGCCUGACGGCCUCCAGACGUACUGCAAGCCGUGCCUGUGCGCGAAGCACAAGGAGCUGCGCGACCGCAAGCGCAUACGCUGCAUCCAGGCGCACCUGGGAGCCACCGGGCAGCUGCACCUCGACCCCGCCCACGCCCAAAUUGCGGACAGCAACGCCGACCCCUAUGCAAGGCACCAGUCCUACCCGGUGUACAAUGUGGAUGGCAGCCUGCAGGGGCACAUCACGCUAACAGACAGCAGCCACGCUGACCUGGACGCGGCCGGGCUGCAGGCAGUGUAUCCAGACGGCGUCGCGCAGGGCUACCCCAUCGAGGAGGGUGUGGAGGAGGGGCAUGGUGCGGAGCAGCAGUAUGUGGAGUACGAUGAGCAGCACGGCUACCACACUGGAGAAGAGGGCUUUGCCGGCCAGGCCGCCUCCGGCAGUGAUCAGCACCCCGACGAGCAGCAGUACCUGGCGCAGCAGGAAGGGGAGGUUGGGUAUCAGGAGGGGGAGUACAUCCAGGAUGGCGCACAGCAGGAGUAUGUCCACGCUGACGUGGACGGAUACCACCUGGUGCAACCGCAGGACUAUGACCCCAACAAUGCAGACCAGGUCUAUGAGGGGGAUGGGCACGCGUAUGAGCAGCAGCAUGAGGACAAUGGUGGGGCACACCACGGUCACGAAGACCUGGUGCUCAACUUUGGCGAAGAGGCGGUACACGGCGGAGGAUAUGUUGAGGACCACAGACAGCUCAAGCGCUACCGCGUGCGCUGA